AUGACCGGCCCUAUCAACCGGUCUGCUGACGACACCGUCCUGGCGCGUCUAGGCAAAAAACAAGUCCUCAAACGUCGUUUCGAUUUUUGGUCUUUAUUUGGUUUCGCUGUCUGCGAAUUGAUUACUUGGGAAACCGUAUUGGCACUUUUCAGCCAGGGUUUUGAAAAUGGCGGACCUUCCGGUCUAUUGUACGGAUUCAUUAUUGCUUGGACUUCGACGUUGUCCGUGUAUACCGUGAUUUCGGAAUUGGCGUCUAUGGCGCCUAUUGCCGCUGGACAGUAUUACUGGGUUUAUAUGCUUUCUUCCGAAAGAUAUCGUGUCUUCGCUAGUUAUAUCAUUGGAUGGUUGACUUCGCUUGCGUGGAUCGCUACCGUUGCAACGGAGUCGCUGUUUGCCGGUGAGAUGCUCCAGGGUCUAGUGACUUUGGACUUUCCGACCUACACGGCGACGCGUUGGCAAGGAACCUUGCUUACAUGGGCCGUUGCGCUGGUAUCGACUUUUGUGAACGCGGUCAUCCCAAGCAUGUUGCCACGCAUUGAGAUUGGCACGGUUGUGUUCCAUGUUGCCGGCUUUGUUGUCAUCAUUGCUCUGCUUUGGCACUAUACUCCCUCUUUCCAUAACGCGGAUUUUGUGUUUCGCACAAGUUUGAACGAGGGUGGCUGGCCUACUCAAGGCCUGUCUUACUGUGUUGGAUUUUUGGGUAACGUCGCUACUUUCGUGGGCGCCGAUGCAAGUGUUCAUUUGGCCGAGGAGGUUUCAGAUGCGCCGUCGACUAUACCUCGUGUUAUCAUAUCAAGUAUGGUCUUGAACGGAAUCGUUGGGUUUGCCAUGAUGCUUACUCUGUUGUUCUGUCUGGGUGAUGUUGACUCGGUUCUGGCGUCGCAGACGGGAUUUCCUUUCAUUCAAAUCUUCUACAACAGCGUUAGAUCAGUAGCGGGCGCUACUGUCAUGGGUGCCAUUGUGCUUAUUCUGACCUGGGCUUGCGCUACUGGUAUCAUCACCUCCGCAUCGCGCAUGACCUGGGCCUUUGCACGCGAUCGUGGAACUCCCUUCUCUGGUAUCAUUAGCAAGGUUGACCCUCGCACUCAAGUGCCCAUUAUUGCCGUUGGUGUCGUGGUUACCAUCGCCUGUCUCCUCACCCUCAUCAAUGUCGGAUCUUCCACAGCCUUUAACGACGUCAUCUCCCUCACAAUCACCGGCUUUUAUGGCAGCUACCUUGUGCCCUGUGCUCUGCUGCUAUAUCACCGACUCCAAGCCGGCAAUAUCCUACCAUAUGGAUCUGUUGUAGACGGACAAGAUCUUGGCAUCAGCACUUCUGCCUCUGGAGUGGUCUCCCCCUCGAACGACGACGAAUCCUACGCCGAAAAGGCAAACAAGACCACAGAAAUCAAACCCGAACACAUCAACACACCCAUUGCUGUAACCUCCGCUGAUGAACAAGGUCGAAUCACAUUUUCGCCUACCCAACUCGUCUGGGGACCAUGGCACAUUCCCGGUCUACUCGGAAUCAUCAACAAUGCAUACGCCUGCGUCUACAUGGUCUUUGUCAUUUUCUGGUCCGUGUGGCCUCCUGCCACGCCCGUUGCGACAGAUACCAUGAAUUACUCUGUGGUAGUGACCGGCGGUGUUAUCAUUCUGAGUAUAGUGUGGUACUGGGUUAGAGGAAGGAAGGAGUACAAGGGGCCGUUGGUCGACAAGGAGGUUAUUGAGAUCAUUCAGCGGAAUCAAGUUAUGAGCGUAUAG